AUGGGCCGGCACGCCUGGUUCCCUCUGCACUACAUCUCCAAGCCCUUCUGGAGACCGGAGAACCACAACACCACCAACUUCUUCUCUGCUCUGUACAGUUUCCCUAACCAGUCCUUCUUGCACAGCGACUUGGACCUGGAGGACCUGGGGGACUUUGGCAGCGGGACCAGGUACGAGGGCGAGUCGCAGAGCCGGACAGUGCAGGCGCUGCUGAUCGUGGCCUAUUCCAUCAUCAUCUGCAUCUCGCUCUUCGGCAACACGCUGGUGUGCCACGUGGUGAUCAAGAACAAGAGGAUGCACUCGGCCACCAGCCUCUUCAUCGUCAACCUGGCCGUGGCUGAUGUGAUGAUCACGAUCCUGAACACCCCCUUCACGCUGGUGCGGUUUGUAAGCAGCACCUGGGUUUUUGGAAAGCUGAUGUGUCACGUAAGCCGGUUUGUCCAGUACUGCUCCGUCCACGUGUCGGUGCUGACCCUCGCCGCCAUCGCUCUGGAUCGGCACCAGGUUAUCAUGCACCCUCUGAAGCCGCGCAUGUCCAUGGUGAAAGGAGGGAUCUGCAUCAUCAUCAUCUGGGUGCUGGCCAGCUGCUUCUCCCUGCCUCACGCCAUUUACCAGACUCUGACAAGAUUUUAUGUCGGGAACAGGACGAUACGGAUGGUCUGCCUCCCCAGCUUCCCUCCUCCUGCCGAUCUUUUCUGGAAGUAUUUGGAUUUGACUACUUUUGUCCUCUUGUACGUCCUGCCCUUGCUUGUCAUCUCCAUCACAUACACCAUCGUGGCCAAGAAGCUCUGGCUGAGGAACGCCAUCGGGGACCUCACCAUGGAGCAAUACUACGCCCAUCAACGGAAGAAGAAGAUGACGCUGAAGAUGCUGAUGGUGGUGGUGGUGGUGUUUGCAGUGUGCUGGUUCCCCCUCAACUGCUACGUGGUGCUCAUCUCCUGCAGGGCCAUCCACAGCAGCAACGCUCUCUACUUCGCCUUCCACUGGUUCGCCAUGAGCAGCACCUGCUACAACCCGUUCAUCUACUGCUGGCUGAACGAGAGCUUCAGGGCGGAGCUCACGUCGCUGCUGUGCGCGUGCCGGCGGCGCCGCGCGGCCCCGGGCCACGCCCUGCGGCCCCUGUCGCCCCCGUCCCGCCACGCCUGGGCCGAGGGCGCCUGCCGCAGGGCAAGAGCAUCCUCCCAGAGGAACUCUGCAAGGACAGACAUCUCCAGCGUUCAGCCCAUCGUGGCGGAAAGCUGAGCCCUCCGCCCGGCGGCGGCGCAGCGCCCUGCUGCGGGAAAACCGAGCUGGGCGCCAGCCAGGCCAACCUCCUGCCCAAAGCGAGGGCUGCCCGUGACGGACGGGCUUGAUCAGGACCGCGUCCAGUCAGGCUUUCAGAACUCUGCAGGGAUGGACCUGCCCACGUGUCGGCUCCAGUGAGGGCUGUUGAGUGAAUCUGUCAUUGAACAAUCAGCAAAUACUAAGAGAAUUCUGUAGCGGUGCACAGAAUUUUUCACAGCCUAAGCAAAUAAGGGAACCUACAUGGAUUAUGCACAGGCCAACUGGUGCACACCGUUUUAAAGCAGAUGGCUGUUUAUGCAUAUAGGAACACUGUAUUGACUCCUUUUUAUUUAUUUGUAAUUUGUUCAAGAUGAAUAACAUGAAUAGCAUCCUUACACUGGUACCCAGCUCAUCUCAGCCGCUCGCUCUGCCAUUAGAGAUGCCGCAGCUCUGCCCGGCCGCGCUGCCGCCCAGCGAGUCCCCGCCGUGCCCGGGGACAUGGGGGUGCUGGCCCGCGGGUACCUGUGCUGCUGGUGUGUGCGGGUCCUUGUCACCAGCUCCGGGCUUUCCCUCCACAAUGUCUCAUGUCAUUUCCUAGCAAAACUCUAUAUUGGCAUGUUUCAAAAUUGUUAAUUGACAUUUCUUUAAAGUCUAAAUUGUUUUCAGUUUCAAUAAUAUGUUGUUUCUUAUCAGCCGUCAAGAACUGUGUCCUUGGUGGCAUGUCCGUCUGUCUGUCCUGGAGCUGACCUGCUGGGCAGCAGCGACUGCUCGGCAGCUGCUGACCAGGGCUCAGUUUGCACGAGGUGGGACCUGCGUUGUAACUCUGGUAGGAACAGAUCCGCAAUUUUUAAAACCAAAAGGUGGGAGGCAGGAAAAGCUGGCAGUGGAUAAAAGAGUUCAUUUGCAAACCUUUUCACUCUCCCAUGCUCAACAGAACUGAGCAUCUGAUAACAUGGCUCAGCAAUUGCCUCAGACGUGGGCACCUGUUUCCUUAUUCCUGUCCAUUUGGUACUGGCUCAGCCUCUGUGAUUGCAAAGGCUUCAGCCUCGAAAGACACUGAAAGGAAAAUGAGAUUCAUCCUUCCUAUGCAGAACAGGAGCCGGUGCUCCGGUGAGCGCUCCCUGGGCCAGCGCUGGUGCUGCUCCCCGCGCGCGGCCGCACGGGUUCCUCGCACGAGGGUCCACACGGGUUCCUCCGCACGAGGGUCCACACGAGUUCCUCGCACGAGGGUCCACACGGGUUCCUCCGCACGAGGGUCCACACGGGUUCCUCCGCGUGGGUUCCUCCGCACAGGUUCCUCUGCGCGAGGAUGCGCUCCGGGAGGAAGCUGAAUUAGAAAAAUCUCGUCAGAGAGCAAGCACCCAAGACUCAGAUGUCGUCUCUGAUUCGCCUGCCAGAAAUGCGUUUAACAGGCUUUCUCCCGUGGGCCUUAUCAUAGGAACCUUUGUUUUGUUUGCACUAAUAAAGAAGCAUAAGCGGAGAUGUGAAUGGAGCCAGCACGGUGGAGGCAGCCAUCCCAGCCUUUCAGCUUGCGUUACAAGGAAAUAACAGCGUAAACCUGAGAUUACCACUGAGUUGGGGUUUUUUACUGUCUGGAAAAACCUGGAAUUCAUGCUGCCGCAAAUGGCAUUUCCAUAACGCAACUAUCUGGAGGGUUUCUGUAAACAAGAGGUCUCUUGUUAAAACAACACAAACCACAAACCCAGAUACAACCUUGUUAAGGUGAGUAAUUCAAUGAAACAUCUUCUCAUUCAAAUGUUCUUUUUAUACUGGAAAAAAAUCAAUGAAAUUAAAUAAUGCAGUUUGCAUGUGUAUCCCAACGCACUCCCAGAGAGCUGCUGGAACUCAUUGCUCUGGAGCAAAUAAGCCGGAGCCUGUUCUUGCUACUCGUCAUUGCAGCAGGGCGCGAGCCGGGGCUCCCGCGGGCUCUGCGUGGCUGCAGGGGCAGCGGGGACAAAGCCACAGACGCAUCUCCAGUCUGCUGGUGUUCGGCUGCCUUAACAAAUUGUCAUUUCCUCGAGGUGAUUGCCAGAACUUCCCGGAUUUGUAAAAGUCUGGCAAAGUUCGGAAGCUCGCCAUCGUUAUAUGCAACCUUCCGCUGGAUACCCUUGCUUUAAUAUGGGCUCUGUUAAAAUUUCCCUAUGGUGGUAAUACAAGGAGAUUUGAUUCACUGAUGUCUUCUGGGGGCUGACAACAGCUCAAUAAAAUGUCUGGUUUAUCUCUUG